UAAGGUGAACAAUUCCAAUGGUUAUAAAGUAGCCUUACCAUGGAUCCUCGUAAUAAUAACUCUGGAGAUGGAGAUUCCUUAGUUAGCGGAAGAUUUGAGGAAAAAGCUCAGCUACAAAGUUUGAACCAAAGGUUUUCGAAUUAUGUUCUUGCUGUAAGGACAAGAAGAGAACAAGAGGAGAAAGCUAACCAUGGGGAUGAAAGCCGAUGGUCCGAACACCUGGACCAAGUGCGUGCGUUAUACGAACAGCAGAUGAAUGAUUUGAGGUCUGAGUUGGAAGAAAGGAAUCGUAGAAUGAAUGAAAUGGAAGCUUCCAGAACUAAAUACGAAACGGCGUCAAGUGAUUUUGAGAGAAGGAUUCUGUCAUUGAAUGAAACAGUUUUAAACCAGAAUGAUGAAAUCACGAAACUUCAAGCCAACUUAUCAAACAAAGAAUUUGAGUUACAGCAAGUGCAGCUUCAACUUACUGGGCCAAGGACGGAGCUGGAAACUUACAAAGCUGAAAAAUCGGAUCUGAGUAAAAGAUUGGCAGAAUCUGAAAGAAGGUUUAUGAUGGAAGAGAAAGCAAAGUUGGAUAUCCAGAAUGAGUUGACGAACCUACAUACAAGAUGUUCGCAUGAGUUGCUGGUUUAUCAACAGGAGAUCAACAACUUAAACGACCGAUUGGAAAGAUCCCGACAACUCACGUUGGAGUUGGAGGAGACGGCUCGUAGGUCCGGAAGGAAAGAUGGGGAGGUUAGUGAGAUGAUGAGGAAAGCUAGAGAAGCUAGUGAGAUGGAACUGAGGAGGUACAUGCAAGAAGCAGAGGCUAAACAUGAACUGAGUAUCUCUGAGAUCAAGAUGCACAUGGAUGCAGAUGCGAGGAACAUGGAUGCUUUGGUGGAGGAGAACGGAAGAUUAAGAUCAGAUUUCAACAACGUCUCAACAGAGCUGGAAGGGAUGAGAUCUAAGUUGGACGCUGCAAAUUCAUCGAUAAAAGUCGCUCAAAACAACUUAGAAUCGGAGAGAAAACGUUUUGAGUCCCAACUGCAUACUUUGAACAGGAAGUUGCAGGAAACUCAGGACAUGCUGCUCAUUAAAAUAAAGGAGCUUACAGCAUCAGAGGAAUCGAACAUUCCCCUUAAAGCUGAAAUCGAUUUUCUCAGAAAUCUUAUUGAAGAGGAAGAGAAAAGGCUUGGUUUGGAGAACAAUGCUUAUUCUGCUUUAAAAAAUGGAUAUGGCAACGCUGGAGCCAAUGACCAACCUGGAAACAUAAGCACUUUCUUCUCAGUUGAUCAAAACAAGAACCAGAUAUCUAUGAAUCGACCUGGUUCCGCCUCACUGCACGGAGGGAAAAUGCAAUCGAUGGCAUCAUCAAGUUACCCCCGACGACCAUCUUCGGUUCCCAUAGCAACAAGAGGGUUUAUCAGGGGAAGUCCCGGGUCUAAGGGGUCUGAGUUGUUUAAAGCCCCAUUGGCUGAUUCAAUGUUUAAUAACUACAAGGAGAACCGGAACUGUUCCCCAGCGAGCUACACCAGUUCUCUUCUUGAUAUAAAGAGUGAGAAUGGGGAGGAUGAAGAGAAUGAAAGAGAAAAAGCACGAGGAGGAAUGGAGCAACUCCCACCCCGGCCCGGGAAUCCAAUCCCACCAAAAAAGUUGCCACGACGACCGGCCAGUGCUGCCAACGCAAGAUAUAUUUCAGCUGAUGCAGGUCAAGGAAAGGAUUAUUUUGAUUCAAUGUUUCAAGAUGUAAAGAAAGGAAUAUUUAUGAAUGGCCAUGAUACUGGGGAACCAUCACGUGUUACAUCUACAUAUCAUGAUAUGGUGAACUCAACUGCAAGCCAUGAUGUAAGACCAAGUAAGAAUGGAUUACUUUGGUAUUCUGGAUCGACUGCAAGUGCAACAGGUAGUAUGAAGUUGGUUCAAGUUGAUGAAAACGGAGACUUCGUUCGUGUGCAUAAUACUUCUGCUACAAAGGAGGAAGAGAUUGGUGGAUUUCUGUUGCAACAGAACGUAGCUGGUCACCCUGUUGCUGUGUUUCGUUUCCCACCGAGGACAAGGUUACAACCUGGUCACAGUGCAACAGUAUGGAGCAACAACUCCUUAAAUGGAGCCCAUGAUCCACCAACUCAUUACUUAUGGAAACAACUUGAUAAAUGGGGAACAGGUCCUGAAUGUACAACCAUAUUAUGCAGACCUAAUGGUCAAGCUAUUGCUUGGAUGACGUCAGCUCCUAGAAUCUCCCGUGUAUCACGUGCAUACCAACACCAGCCUGAUGUUCGUAAACAAACAAGAGAAGUUGAAAGAUUGGUCUCAAAUCUACAACUAAGGGAACAGAACACUGAUAAGACAGAGGACAAGGAAGAGGAUUACGGCAGCAUAGCUCUCCCUAUACCAUCUACAUACACCACAUCACCUGUGUUGUAUACAACCAACCCACCCACUCAACAUCCGGUGCCUGUGAUUAAAAGGGAGAAAUCUGCCCCAGCCUCUUUACAACGGGGCUUGUUACCCACUCGGACCGGGAGUGCCCCCCUUUGUAAAUACACAGCCCCCCCAUCACCCCUCCACCACCAAUCUCAAGUGAGUCGCUCUACAAUCGCUCAGACACCCCAACCUAUACCCCUAAGCCCCCCAAAUACCCCCCAAACCGAAACAGUACCACAAAGCCCAAGAAAUAACCCUCAAAACACCCCUACACUACAAAGCCCACGAAAUCACUCACAAAACACCCCACAAACAUAUCUCAAACCCGCCAUGAAACAUUCCCACACACAGUUCUUGAACCCAGGACGCCCAAUCAGUAUUCCCGGGUUCCAGACGCCAUCAACUCCCUGGGACUGCCCUUCCCCCACAUGA